UUCGGAGGCUCCGAGCUGAUUCGUGACUUUCGGGGAUUAAAUGGCCACCAGAAAGCUGUGAGAACAGACCGCGCGCGAGCUCGACCUCGACUUUCUUCUUCUGGUGUUUUCUGAGGCGGGACGAUGUCUGCGGAGGUGGACGCGUUGCUGCAGGAGGCCAAAGAAAGCAUCGAGGCGGCCCAGAACUACCGCAGUGAACUGCAGCAGCGCCUGAAUGGGCUGAACCAGGCCCGCACACAGGUCCAGGGCAGCUCCAGUCAGGCCCGCGAGGCCCUCCGGCGCCACUUCUCGGAGCUGCAGGCGGCGGCGAGCCGUCUGCUGUCGGACCGGUGCGACGCCCUGCUGGCCGAGGUGGAUGCCAUCGAGGCGGACAGCGUCAAACCGCUGGACGACUGCCAGAGCCUCAUCGAGCACGGCGUGGGCCAGGCCGACGAGCUGCUGAGGGAAGGGGAAGCGGCUCUGCGGUGCGGCCUCGGGGAGAAGGAGGACAAACUGGGCAGCUUCACCAAGAAGGCCAUGCAUAUCCAACUGGACAGCCUGCCCGAGGUGCCGGCGCUGGUGGACGUGCCGUGUGUCUCCGCCCAGCUGGACGACUCCCUGCUGGGCCUCCUGAGGGACCGGGUGUCCCGCCUCGGCUCCGUCUCCUCCCGCCCGCCGGUCCAGAUCGAGGAGCUGCAGGAGAGGCCGGGCAGCAUCCUGGUCCGCUGGUGUAAGGUGGACGAGGACUUCGCGGCGGCGGAUUAUCGGAUGCAGCACCGGCGCUCCGGCGGCGGGAAGAGCCAGUACGAGGACGCCUACAUCGGUCGGGACUCCGACUUCCUGGUCCUCCACCUGGACCCGCACACGGACUACCUGUUCAGGGUCUGCGCUCGCGGGGAGGGGCGCACCGAGUGGAGCCCCUGGAGCGUCCCGCAGACGGGGUACACCACGCUGGCGCCGCACGAGUGGCGUCCGGGCUCUGACGGCUACAUCCUGAGCAGCAGGAGGAACAUCGCUCUGCGCAGUGACUCCGCCCCCCCGCGCUGCCCUGUCCUCUAUUCCAACGCACCCACCUACUUCUGUGGCCAGACGCUCACCUUCAAGAUGGCGGCGGCCGGUCAGAUGGAUCGGAGGGACAGUCUCGGCGUGUGCGUGGACAACCGCAAAGGGGCGGAGUCUCUGCAGAGAGACCAGGCCGUCUGCAUCUCCACCAACGGCGCCGUGUUCGUCAACGGGAAGGAGAUGACCAACCAGCUGCCGGCGGUGGCGUUGGGCUCGUGCGUGACCUUUGACAUGGAGCUGGUGAACCUGCUCCCCGUGGGCGGCGGCGGCCUGAGUGACGGAGGCCACUUCAAGCUGAGGGUCACCAUCGGCUCCGGCAGCCGGGAGGUGGUGUUUGAUUGGCUGGUGGAGCAGGCCGUGGACUGCCUCUUCUUCGGCUGCUCCUUCGGCCACUCGGGCUGGAAGGUUCUGGUGUUUUAACGGAUCCUCCUCUUUAUUUUUUUAUUUUUUUAUCUGCUGGAGUUUUCCUCGUCUGUUGUUUGUUUGUUGACUUUGGAAAUAAUCCGUUUGUUGUCCUCCCAGAAUCUCAGCAUCCGGGUCGCCAGCUUCUCCCAGUAUUUGUCUGUGAUUCACCGGAUCUCCUUUUCGAUGCCGCGCUAGUAUUACGGCCUUUUUAAGGUUUUUCUUCUUUUUUAAUAACAGAAAAAAAAUGGGGCUCAAAUUUACAAGAAAAUAAAACGUGGAUAUUCUUUGACGUUAUAGAUUUGCUGGAAAAGUUUGUUUUAUUUUAUAACUACUAAUAUAUUUAAUACAUUUAGCACUUUUUGCAUUGUUCGUUUAACAAAAAACACAAUUGAAACGCAAACCCUUCCGGAGGAGAUUUAAAGGGACAGUACGCCCAUGAAACGCAAACUGGCCGGAGGAGAUUUAAAGGGACAGUACGCAUCCGUGUAUUACGAGAGUCCGCUGUAUGUGAAAAGAGCUCGGUGCCUCUGAUGUAGUACCCCGAUAACACCACAACUAUCCCUUUAAAUGGCUCAAAGACCCCCCCACCCCACCCCACCGCUUCCUGCUUCAGUCUUUUCGCUCGCUCACAGACAGCUGACUCGUCUGAGCCAAUCAGAAAGCUUGAGGAAUGUUGUGAGUUCCUGCAUGUUUUUAAAAGUAGCGCUUCCUUCGGGUUGUUUUCUUUGAGAUUGAUCUUUUGAAUCUAAAAUCUGCCGUUGUCCUAGCGACGCGCUCGUGGAUUUCUUAACGUUCCGAUAUUCUUGAGUCGCCGAUGAAAUAAAAUGACGUUCAGGACGAGUCGUUUAAUCAUCUUCAAAUAAUCCAUUCAAAAGAAAUCUGUUAGGAGCUCCAGGAUUUAUUCUUUGCCAUUUUCUCUCCAUCAAAACAACAACAGGAGGCGUUUGUUGACGUUGUGGAGCAGCGGUGCAUCAUGGGAGUUGUCUUCAUCCUUACAUUUUCUUUAGAAACUAAAAACUAAACUCUUGAGUAAAAUAAAGUGUUCUUUCUGCCUCUAAAAGAUAAACCUGCUCUUUAGACUUUGAGCUUAACUUUUAAAGCCGAAGACGUGAACUUUACUUUUUAUUUUUAAACAUUGGAGCUGCUGAUGAACAUUUAUCUGGAGGAGAAGUUACUACUGGAGAGUUUACAGAGUUCACCGGAGGAAUAUCAAGAGGCUUGAUUUGAAAACAGAUUCACACGGUUUGGAUUAAAGUUCUUCUUUUGGAUUUUAAACUCGUUUUGUGGAAUAUUUUAACUGUUGAUAUGUUCUUAAUGUUGAUGAAUCCGCCAGUACGACAAAAAGUACGAAAUUACAGUCUUCAAAUGUCUCACUUUGUUAAUCCACGUCUGAGCCGAGGCUAACGUUCCCCCCCGUUUCCAGUGUUUGUGCUAAGCUAACUGUGAUAAAGCGUAAUGUAUUAUUACGUGUUGUUAUUUUGGGGAAGUUUCUCAUGAAUGUAUUUCCUCUCGGAGACGGUUCGGAACCAGCGCCCCCUGCUGGUCAAACCGCUGCUGUCGGGGAUGUUGUGUUCAAUAAAGGUCAAAGAUGUUGAGACAGGAA